AUGAUACAGACGCAGUUCAACAAGAAGGUCAAAUUUUUGCGACACGAUGGAGCCCGCGAGUUUGCGACGAACUCGCUUCAAGAUUUCUACGAAGUCGAAGGCAUCGAGCAACAAACCACGGUGCCAUACGCACAUCAAGCCAAUGGAACUGCUGAACGCGCGAUUCGAACUAUCGUCACCAUCGGUCGUAGCAUGCUCCAUCAUGCCAAGUUGGACAAGUGCUUCUGGGCUGAAGCGGCAAUGACGGCCGUCUAUGUGAAGAACCGUUUGCCGUCACCCAAGAUUCCACACAAGACACCGUUCGAGAUUGUCUACAAUUCUAAGCCAAGUGUCAAGCACAUGCGCGUUUUUGGGUGCCAAGCAUACAUCUUAACCCCGAAGGAGAAACGACUCAAGUGGGAUCCCAAGGCUGUUGUAACUUGA